GCUGUGUAUUUCACCAGUGAAGAGUGGGCUCUGCUGGACCCCACUCAGAGAGCCCUCUACUGGGAUGUCAUGCAGGAGAACUAUGAGAAUGAAGUCCUCAUGGGAAAGAGGAAAAAUACAUGCACUGAGUGUGGAAAAACCUUCACUUGCAGCUCAGCCCUUUCUGUUCAUCAGAGAAUCCACACAGGGGAGAGGCCCUAUGAAUGCAGUGAGUGUGGGAAAACCUUCACUUACAGAUCAGCCCUUUCUCAACAUCAGAGAAUCCACACAGGGGAGAGGCCCUAUGAAUGCUGUGAGUGUGGGAAAACCUUCACUUACAGAUCAGCCCUUUCUCAACAUCGGAGAAUCCACACAGGGGAGAGGCCCUUUUAUUGCAGUGAGUGUGGAAAAACCUUCCCUUGCAGCUCAUCCUUUUCUGUUCAUCAGAGAAUCCACACAGGGGAGAGGCCCUUUGAUUGCAGUGAGUGUGGGAAAAGCUUUAUUACCAGCUCAGACCUUUCUAAACAUCAGAGAAUCCACACAGGGAAGAGGCCCUAUGAAUGUCAUGAGUGUGGGAAAAGCUUCUCUAGCAGCUCAGCCCUUUCUCAACAUCAGAGAAUCCACACAGGGGAGAGGCCCUAUGAAUGCCGUGAGUGUGGGAAAAGCUUCAAUAGCAGCUCAGGCCUUUCUAAACAUCAGAGAAUCCACACAGGGGAGAGGCCCUUUUAUUGCAGUGAGUGUGGAAAAACCUUCACUUUCAGCUCAGCCCUUUCUAUUCAUCAGAGAAUCCACACAGGGGAGAGGCCCUAUGAAUGCCAUGAGUGUGGGAAAAGCUUCACUAGGAGCUCAGCCCUUUCUCAACAUCAGAGAAUCCACACAGGGGAGAGGCCCUAUGAAUGCCGUGAGUGUGGGAAAAGCUUCAUUAGCAGUUCAGGACUUUCUAAACAUCAGAGAAUCCACACAGGGGAGAGGCCCUUUUAUUGCAGUGAGUGUGGUAAAAUCUUCACUUGCAGCUCAGCCUUUUCUGUUCUUCAAAGAAUCCACACAGGGGAGAGGCCCUAUGAAUGCCGUGAGUGUGGGAAAAGCUUCACUAGCAGCUCAGCCUUUUCUGUUCAUCAGAGAAUCCACACAGGGGAGAGGCCCUAUGAAUGUCAUGAGUGUGGGAAAAGCUUUAUUACCAGCUCAGACCUUUCUAAACAUCAGAUAAUCCACACAGGGAAGAGGCCCUAUGAAUGUCAUGAGUGUGGGAAAAGCUUCUCUAGCAGCUCAGGCCUUUCUAAACAUCACAAAAUCCACACCGGUGAGAGACCUUAUAAAUGCAGUGAGUGUGGGAAAACCUUCAAUCACAGCUCACACCUUCUUACCCAUCUCAGAAUCCACACAGGUAUG